AUGCUUACUUUUGCCCAGUUGCCGUUGGUGUUGCUGUCCUUGACCCUCUCCGUCGUUGCGGUCCACGAUGAACAGCUUGUGCGCAGAGCACCGACAGACGAUCUCAUCGUAGCGGCGUGGUACACUGGCUGGCAUUCGAGAGAUUUCCCACUUUCGAGAGUUAGCUGGUCAAAAUACACUCAUAUGACCUAUGCCUUUGGGAUAACGACGCCUAGUCCAGAUGUGCUCGCGCUGGACGAGUCGGAUGAGCGCUUGUUACCCGAGUUUGUGGACAUGGCCCAUCGACAUGCGACAGUGGGCUCUGCAAGUAACCGAACGACCUUUGUGAACACCCUCCUCGACGUUGUGCGCCGAUACAACCUCGAUGGCCUUGACUUUGACUGGGAGUACCCUAACAUGCAAGGUCUGGGAUGCAACAUCGUCCACGAGGACGACACCGCCAACUUCCUCACCUUCCUCCGCGAACUGAGAAACACCACAACAGGGCGCGACCUCGUCCUCUCAGCCGCCGUCUAUGUCAAGCCCUUCAACGACGCCUCAGGCUCUCCAUCCACCGACGUCUCCGGCUUCGCAGAAGUCCUAGACUACAUCGCAGUGAUGAACUACGACGUUCCCGUCAAUCCAUCCGUCGGAGCCGGGUCUCGUUCCCCUCUGGACGAUACAUGUGCACCAGCCGGUGCCAAGUGGGGGUCGGCUGUGUCUUCGAUUGAGGAAUGGACCAAGGCGGGGAUACCACUUGAAAAGUUGGUCCUCGGAGUCCCCGCGCAUGGUCAUUCGUAUGAUGUUUCGCCUGUGGUCGCCCUCUCGCGGUCGAAUUCUUCUCAGUUGAACGCAUACCCAAGCUAUUCACCUGCCGAUCGGAAACGAGGGGAUCGCUGGGAUGGGGAAGGCGGUAUGGACGUUUGUGGUGUCACUUGGGGGCCCGGAGGAGUUUAUACGUACUGGGGUCUGUUCGAGGGAGGUUUUUUGAACGCGGAUGGUUCGGUUGCAGAGGGAAUUGUGUCCCGGUACGACGACUGCAGCGAAACGCCCUUCGUUUAUAAUCCCGAGACGCAGGUUUACGUGUCGUACGAAAAUCCGCGUUCUUACGCGGCCAAGGGUGACUUCAUCUACUCAACUGGAUUGGGGGGCUUUGCGAUGUGGGAAGCGGGGGGCGAUCGCAAUGAUACGCUCCUGGAUUCUAUCAUCCAUGCAUCCUUGAACGGGAACCCUUCCGCUCGAACCGCCAAAUCAAAAGUCGACACUCAGGCAGUUGUCCCUACGCCAGGUUCGAGGGAGACCACUGCCAAUGAUCUCAGUGGUGCCUCGCCGAGCGUCUGGAACGCCACUCCCAACCAUAUCCUGGGCAGUGCCUUGGCCUUUAUUUUCAACCUUCUUCUCUCUUCCGCUUGGUAG